GACAUUAUUUCUCUGUGUCUAGACUCUAGAAACAACCCCAAAAAUGAGUGGAAGAGGCAAAACCGGCGGAAAGGCCAGAGCAAAGGCAAAGACCCGCUCAUCCCGUGCCGGGCUCCAGUUCCCGGUCGGUCGUGUCCACAGACUGCUGCGCAAAGGGAACUAUGCCCAGCGUGUUGGUGCCGGUGCCCCCGUGUACCUGGCAGCUGUGCUGGAGUACCUGACUGCUGAGAUCCUGGAGUUGGCUGGAAACGCUGCCCGUGACAACAAGAAGACUCGUAUCAUCCCCCGUCACCUGCAGCUGGCUGUCCGCAACGACGAGGAGCUCAACAAGCUGCUGGGCGGAGUGACCAUCGCUCAGGGCGGCGUGCUGCCCAACAUCCAGGCUGUCCUGCUGCCCAAGAAGACCGAGAAGGCCGCCAAGAAGUAAACACCUACCAAGGACUGCAAACAAACACAAAGGCUCUUUUAAGAGCCACUCACCAUACACCUUAAAGAGCAGAGCUUCACUGAUGUGAAAAUAAGGGAUUGAUGUAUUGUUUACUCUGAUUACUUGAUGCAUCGCAUGAAGGCUUUUCUCAGAUUCAUAACUGGAAUAAAUGAAUCACACAAGGCGA